CAAAUCAGAACAAUAAACAAGGGUCUUGUACAAAAUGUACACAAGAAAAAGUUUCAUUCUAAUUGUUUUGUCUAUAGUUUUACAAAUAGUGAAUACAUUUUGGUUAAACGAUUGUUCGUAUGACGAAAAGUUACAGCAUGUUACCUACAUGUGUGGAGUGGAAAAUGGGGAGCAUUUCAGCCGACGAACCAGAGAAUUUUUAUAUUGCAAUAACUAUCUAUCGGGCAUCGAUCGUAGUCUGGUUCGAAUAUUGUCAUUCCCGGGAUGUAAGACUGAAAUAUUCAGUGAGGAGUUUGGGAUGAACGCAUUCAAAGAUCUUAUUGUGCUCAAUAUGUCAAGUGCUGGACUCAAGUCAUUGCCAGAGAAUAUAUUCAAUGGAAACGAACACUUGGAGAAAUUAUUUCUGUCAAAUAAUAUCUUGGGCACAUUGCCAACGAAUUUAUUCAGCCACUAGAAUUACGUGAACUGAAUUUGUCGAAUAACGCAUUAUCCAAUGUGAAUGAGUCUUUGUUUGCGAACGUUGAAGAAUUGCGGAGCAUCGAUCUAUCGGGCAAUUGGAUUGGCGAUUUCAAUGCAUCAGUCUUUUCAAAUCUCAAUGAGCUGGAAUUUUUUGACAUUGGCGGCAAUUUAAUCUACAGCAUCGACACAGAUUUGCUGAUAAACAAUAAAAAAUUGAAAAAUUUAAAGCUGAAUAAUAAUCUUAUAUCCACUUUAGACUGCAAAUUGUUGAAAAAUUGGUCCGAAAAUUUAAUAAACAUCUCGAUCAAUACGAUGGAGUAUUUGGAUGCGAGUUGCGUUAACGACACCAAUUUAAUCAUCACAAUUUCGCCGAUCGAUUCUAUUUCGUUACACAAAUCUGAAAAUAAUAUCGUAUGGACGUUUAGCAGAGAAAGUUUCGAGAGACUUCGGCUUUUAAAUGUGUCCGGCAGUGAAAUAGAAAAUAUUUCCAUUCUAAUUGAAGAAGCGAGUAUACACUUGGAAACACUUGACUUAUCGUAUCAGUUUGUGGGUGAACUAAAGGCGAGCACAUUUCAACGUUUCAUCAAUUUGAAGCAUUUAUACUUGAGACAAACGAAUUUAACGCAUUUUGAAUUCGCAACUUUUUAUCACCAAAGAAAAUUGGAAAUACUCGAUAUUUCGUACAACAAUUUGAAACGAGUCGAUUUUAAACUUUUCGUGAGAAAUUUCAAGAGAUUAGCUUCUUUAGAUUUAGAAGGGAACAAUUUAAAGGAAAUUGAUAGCAUAACAAGUACUCAUUUUCCAGAGCUAUCCGUGCUGGUUAUUUCAAAAAAUGAUUUCUCUUGCGAAUAUUUAGCGAAAUUUUUACUUCAAUGGAACGAUUUAGUAUUGAUUGAUAAUCCAUCAGGCCAAACGCAUAUGGGCGGAGUUGAUUGCGUUCACACCACUGAGUUUAAUGUAAACAACGGAACAAAGACUGAAACACAGGUUGAAGAUAAGGACAGUGGCUUGUUGAAAAGUCAUUUGGAAGAUAUGUCUACAAUCAAAACACUCUUGAUCGUUGGGGUCAUUAUUCUUGUCAUAAUUUGUCUACAUUUUGUGGUGGGCAGAUUCAAGCCCGUCAACCAAGUGAUUAGACAUAGGCUCAACAGUUCAUCUGUGCAACAUCGAGUGGUUUACAAUCAACCAACCGAUACGAAUGAAGUGCAACAAGUCAGUUUACUGGAUUAUAACUUACCACAAAUGAUAACAAUAAAAAAACAACCCGAAUGUACGCUGAAAAAGAAAAUUGUGGAUUUUGGAUAA